AUGAAUAAAAUGAAAUUUUUAUCAGUCAAUAUAGCAAGGUUUUUAAUGAAAAUCAUUGGCUUUUGGUCGGCUGAUACGAUUAACGAGGAACGUUUACUCAAUAUACUUUUCAAUUACACCAUCGUUGCAAUUGGGAUGGGCUUCUGGAUCGAGGCAUAUGAUUUUUACGUUAGCCUCAAUGAUUUCUACGAACUCAUGUAUACCGCUUGCAGUACAAUACCAAUGUUAGUGGUUCUAUUGAAAUUUAUCGUAUUUCUGCCUAAUCGUAAAGACAUUAUCAAAUUAAUUAGAUACACUGAGGAAAGUUUUUGGUUCAAGGAGUACGACGAAUACGAUGAAAAGAUAUUAAAUGUCGUUAAUAAGAAGGGAUCGAUUUUGAUUUGUUGUUUCACGUGUUGCGUACAAAACACAGUAUUUACUUAUGCAUUAAUCCCUGUAAUAGAAAAUAUAGGAAAAAAUGAGAGCGAUAGAAUCUUACCCUUCGACAUCUGGUUAGGGGGAGCAGACAUACAUUUGUCGCCAUAUUUCGAAUGGGCAUUUGCAAUGGAGAUUAUCGCAUUGAUACAUUCAGGAUUUUGUUUCUGUUCUUUCGAUAAUUUUCUAUGCCUGUUGAAUCUAACGUUGGCUGGACAAUUCAGGAUUUUGCAACAUCGUUUGGAAACAUUGUUCGACAAUAGCAUAUUGUAUUCCAGGAAGAACGAAUAUAUUUCCUUGGACGAUGACGCAUUAAAAACUUUUCGAGAAUUUAAAAGAUGCGUUGAACAUCAUCGUACACUUUUUGAUUAUGUCGACGAAUUGGAAAGGAUAUUCACGACGGCCACGUUGUUCCAAUUGUUGAUGUCCAGUAUAAUGCUUUGCGUCGCAGGAUUUCAACUUUUUAUGUCCAAUGGCAUUACAAGACGUCAGUAUCUAUUCUUCUCACACAUUUACGGGUGUUUCUUUCAAUUAUUUGUCACAACGUUCGCUGGCAAUGAGGUAAUCAUCGAAAGUCGUGCGGUCGGUGAUGCAGCUUACAAUGCUAAUUGGCAGACAUUAUCCCAUGAGCCCUAUAAGAAGAUUAAAAUGGGCCUUAUGAUGAUGAUGUUACGAGCCAAACGACCCUGUUACAUUACAGCCGGUGGCUUCUUUCCCUUAUCUCUCGAAACGUUUAUGGGGGUAUUAAGUACUGCAAUGUCGUACUUUACUUUAUUACGUAACUUGGAAGAAGACGAAGGAUUGAUAAAUGAUAUUUAA